ACGAAUAAAAGAUUACAAAUAAAAUCUUCCAUAAAUAUAAAAAUAGUGAAAAAAUGGCAGUAUUUUUUAGUGAUUUGAACAAAUAACAUUAAGUUUUUCAUUUCAUUAGAAGUUCAAAAACCCUAUGGAGAAUAAUUCGGCUUCGAAUGAAAAUCAGCUGUCUGAUGUCGUCAUUCUCUUAUUAGUAUUAGAAUAAUGCGUAUAAAUAAUUUAAAUAUUUCUAAUGAGGGUCGUUGUUUCUAAACUUUGUGGAAUUAUUGGGUAUAUGGUGCAAUAUGGAUGUAUUGCUCAUUGCACAUUUGAAUACCUUGGUGAUUUUGUAGUGUGCACUGGACCAUCGAUGGAACCAACUCUAUUUUCUGAUAAUGUCCUAUUCACUGAACAUUUAUCGCCUAGAUUCAAUAAAAUAUCCCGUGGUGAUAUAAUCAUCGCUAAAUGUCCAACAAAUCCGAAACAACAUAUAUGUAAACGAGUUAUUGGAAUACCAGGUGAUCGAAUAAGGACUGGUAAUCGACAAGAAUUAGUACCAGUCGGUCAUGUAUGGUUAGAAGGUGAUAAUUCAAGAAAUUCAGCAGAUUCAAGAGCAUAUGGUCCUGUACCAAAAGGUUUAAUUCGUAGUAAAGCUCUAUGUAGAGUUUGGCCUAUUAAAGACAUUUCAUUGUUAACUAAUUCUAAUUAUUGAAACACAAAAAAUCUAAAACAAAGUUGUAUAUUUAUGCCGUUGUAAUUAUAUUUCCAAAUUAAGAAUAUAUUUAUUAUGAAAAUUAUAUUCACCAUUUUAUGG